AUGACCAGACUUGACGCCAUUGAAAGUUCUAUCUCUGAGAUGAAAGAAUUGCUAAAGUCCCACUUACUUGGAAGCACUCACACCCCGGCAAAAGAGUCUACGAGUGACAUUGCGGGACAUACCCAAUUUAGCACGGGGUCAGAUAUCCACAAGAGAGGACAGAGUGUUGCUCUGUCCCAAGAUACAGAGAUCAAGCCAAGGACCGAAGUCCAGCCUGCUCCGAUCACAGUUGUUCGCCAUGUUGGGAGUCUCAUCACCGAGCCAGUGACAGUCGGAGAAAACGACUCGCUUCUGGGCCAUAUGACCGAAAUGGGACUCGACUCAGACAGUUUCUCCGUCGUAUUCCGACAUGGAUUUGAGCAGAUAGCUUCAUGGUACCCGUUUCCACAUGAGACUCUGACCGAUCUCAAACGGGACCAUCCACUUCUUUUCGCCAUGUGCCUCUUGGCGGGCAUUCGAGCAACAGAGGGUUUGAAUCGCUCCGAUUUACAUAUUACUCUGUAUUCAAUGGUCAAGACUCACCUGGGGAUGAAAACCCUCGAAACUCCCAUCGACCUUUCCACCAUUCAUGCGAUGUUGAUAUUUAGCGCCUGGAGCUUUGGACCGCUUGUCCCUGGCGGUAGAUACAUUGACAGUUGGCUGAUGAGCAGCACAACCAUCACUCAUUGCAUGCUCAGUUUCCCCAUUUCCGAACUGAGCUCCUUGACUGGAUUUUACGACCCGAUAAGCCGAAACAAGUGCAGAAUGUGGAUACAGGCGUCACUAGUACAUUUGAAGUUUGCGAUUGGUACAGGUCGCCCAUCAGUCGUUAGAUGCCAGCACCUUCACCAAUUAAAUGAUAUUGUCCGAUAUCCAGGCUUCGAGACGUUCGACCAUAUCAUCGCAGCGGAGCUCAAGCUUUACAUUCAUCUAUACGAAGCAAUUUAUCAAACGAUGAGCUCAGUCGGCGAUGCUUGGGACAUGAUUCACGUAUGGGGAAGCAAAUAUUUGGCAGAAGGAAACAUCGUUUUAAGAUGGGGUUAUUCAUGCACCUCUCUUAUCCUGUCUCGAUGGGAACUAGCAAAACAGAAUCAAUGCAUGUCCCCAAAUUCGCCGAUCCGAAACGGACGCAUCAUCGAAUUGACAGAGACAGUCAUCCGGCAUGCUCAGCUGGUCCUGAGAGAUAUCAUGGUCCUCUGUUCAUCCGAUGCUGCAUUUACCAGACCGACAUAUGACUACCUGCUUACGGCGUAUGCGGGCGUUACCCUGGCAGAGUACUGCUCGAGUAUUCCGGAUAUGCACGCAACAUAUACGCUGAUGGAGAACGUCCGGACGCAGACGAGGAUUCCCAGGAGUAUAGAGGGGGUAUUUAGCUGGGCGACCAAUGUGGUUCAAAAGAAGGCGAGGGACUUUGUGGAUUCCUCUGUGUCUAUCGAUGUCGAUGAUACUUUCUAUACAUAUCCGGCUUCUGUUGCGGAUUGGGCACCUUUCCGAUUUAUCGACUCGAUGCCUGCGUCGACUUGGAAUGAGAUGAGUGGGUCUAUGCAUGAGUUUCAAUAG